AUGAAGUUACUCUCCUUCCUGCUGGUCCUCGUGGCCGCCGUCGCUGCUGACAAGAUCCCAGACUUCGUCGUCCCUGGCCAGUGUCCUGCUGUUGACGAAAGCAAACUAUGGUCCGAGCAAGUACCAAACCAUGCCAAUUACGCAGGUGUCUGGUAUCAGUUCGCCCUCACCAACAACCCAUACCAGCUCAUCGAUAAAUGUGUCCGCAACGAAUAUUCCUUCGAUGGAAAACAGUUUGAAAUCACGUCGACUGGCGUGACUACUGAUGGCAGCUUGUUGAAGCGCAAUGGGAAGGCCUAUCCCAGCCCUCUGGGUGAUUCUCAUCUCACCAUUGACUACGAGAAUUCCUGGGCGGCUCCCUACGUUAUCCUGGACACUGACUACACUAACUUCGCCUGCAUAUACUCCUGCCACAGCUACAACUUCGGUUAUUACUCAGACUUUGCUUUCAUCUUCACUCGCUCCCCAAGUCUGGCAGACAAGUUCGUGAAGCGGUGUGAAGCUGCCUUCAAGAACAUCGAUGUUGACACUUCCCGCUUCACUAAGACCGUCCAAGGAUCUUCUUGCAAUUAUGAUGUACAGAAAACUCUGUAAACGUCUCGAUGAGAGAUAAAGAACAUUACUUUUAUGUAAUGUUUACUAUAAUGUGAGAUUCUGUGUGGUUGUAAUAUCUAUCGAUGUACCAUUUCGUGUAUGAAAACAUCGUAAACCGUUUUCUAUGAAUGAUUUUUUUAGAAUGAGAUAUAUUGUUCAUGUACAUAAUUAUUAAUAGCGCUCAUAUAUUGUACUAAAUAAACAUAUACACAAAUAUACAGUUUACAUA